GGCCGGGGCCGGGGCCGGGCCGGGCCGGUGGUGACAAGCGCGUGUCCCGCAGGGGCGCCCGUGACCGGCGAGCUGCGCUGCCAGUGCCUGCAGACCGCGUCGGAGCGCCUGGGCCCGCGGCGCCUGGCCCACGUGGAGCUCAUCGCCGAGGGGCCGCACUGCCCCGUGCCCGAAGUCAUCGCCACCCUGAAGGACGGCCGCAAGCUCUGCCUCAACCCCGCGGCGCCCUGGGUCCAGCUCAUCAUCAACAAG